UUCUUCUUUNCUGUCGGAUUCUUACAGAAAAUCGAGAACCAAACAACAACAUAGAAAGAACCACACACAAGCGGGGGAAAAAAAGAAAGAAAAAUGACUCGGCAGAAAAUAGAGAUAAAGAAGAUAGACAAUAUUGCUGCAAGGCAAGUGACGUUUUCAAAGAGAAGAAGAGGGCUAUUCAAAAAGGCUCAUGAACUUGCAACUCUCUGUGAUGCUGAUAUUGCUCUCAUUGUUUUUUCUGCUUCUGGAAAGCUUUUUGACUACUCAACCUCAAGCACGCAGGAGUUACUGAGAAGACAAAACAUGGUACCAGAGAAUAAUAACUUUACCCAACCAGUUGCAGUUGCAUCAUCUCAGCUUGGAAACAGUGUCCAUGCCGAAUUGGCUGAGGAAUUUGCAACCAAGACCAAUGAACUUAGGCAUAUGAGGGGAGAGGAGCUUCAAGGAUUGGGAAUAGAAGAAUUAAAGCAGCUGGAGAAAUUGCUUGAGAUUGGUUUGAGUCGUGUUGUAGAGACCAAGGAUGAGAAGUUUCUUAAAGAGAUUGGUGCUAUCAAGGAGAAGGAAGCUUUGCUUAUGAAAGAGAACCAGAGAUUAAGGAAUCAGAUGGCAAAUUUGAAUGGAGAGCAAGAACAAGCAGUGAUUGGAGGACAUAAUAAUUCCUUGGGAUCAAAUACCAGCAAUAGCAGCUCCUCAGCAAACCCUAAUUCUCAACAUUAUGACAGCUCUGAUAUUUCUCUUGAAUUGGGUCUUUGAAGGCACGAAGUAUUGGAUCUCUUCUUCCUUUCAGCGACUUGGCGAUGCUUAAUUCAGCCUUCCCUAAUGGAGAUGUACUAAUCAGUGGACUGCCAAAGCACUCCUAUUUGCAUAGAGAAAAGUGUGAAAAACCAGGCAUAAUCACUAAGGCAAAGCCCUGCCAUGUACUUAAUUAGGUACCAAUUCAUUGAAUCAGAGAGUUAUAUAAGUGUAUAAUGUAUAUUGUUUCUGCACAUCAAUUGAUUAAGAGAUGAGAGAAUACUCCCAAUGGGAGUUUUAGUUGUCCUCUAAACAAAGGGCUUUCUUUUCUUUUCUCGUUAACAAAUUGUGUAUGGAUGAAGAAUCAAGUACCUUUCACUUGGUAGUCUAUUGUAUAUAACUCAAUCAUAAGUUUCUCUGGUGGGGGGAAUUCUUCUAUUCA